UAAGCGUGAUUUUAAAGUUGUUGUGAAUCCACGAGAAGCCCAUCAUGUCGGCUCAGAAAGUUCUGGUUUGCUUGGCAAUAAUUGCCGUAGCGAUGUUGGCUACGCAAGUAGACUCGUUUGGUCAACCGAGUUACGCGAAUAAUGCAACAAACAAAUCUCACAACUUGGUCAUUGGAUACCGAAUGCCUGGAGAUAGGCUUGUUCUGAGACAAAGCGUAGUCAAGAACUCGUCCUGGAUGCAGAUUGUUACCGAUCAGAAGUCCGUCAGCGUUUCGAAAUUCUACCGUAUUUCCAUGAUUAAUGCUAGGGACAUGAAAACCGAUGGCAACGGUGCAUUCGCCACCCUUGUAUCCGGUGGUCUAGGAUUCAAUAAUGCCACUCUCAGAUUCAAGAGCCAACGGGGACACGGAAUCAACUUCGUUCUUGAAGUGUACGCUCGUGGUUAAGCUAAUUUCGCUGGAUUAAUAUGAACCGUUUCGUUCAGGCCAGUCGGUUCUUUUCUUUCGGUCGAAAGUAUCUUACUUGUUAAAGAUUUGUCAUUCCUUUCUGUAUCAUGAACCAUGCUUUGAAUAAUUUGUUCCCAUAACUUUUAAUUUGUAUUGUUAUGCUAUGUUGAAGAAAGAAUAAAAUUUUGGAAAUUUGUGUGCCAACCAA